AACCCUUUCGAUGGACCAAACGAAAAUCCAGAGGCAGAGCUCCCUCUUACGGCAGGAAAGUACCUUUACGUGUACGGAGACAUGGAUGAAGAUGGCUUCUAUGAAGGAGAACUUCUGGAUGGACAAAGAGGACUAGUCCCUUCAAACUUUGUGGAUUUUGUUCAAGACAACGAGACCCGGUUAUCAAGCACAUUAAGCAGCGAACAAGAUCAGAAUUUUAUCAACCACUCGGGUCCUGCUUUGGAAGGAGAUCUCUUGGAGAUAAGUCCACCAAGUCACAUAGACUCCGGCGUCAUCAGCAACGGCGCAGGGACUCUGGAUGUGAACAUUGAUGAAAUUGGAGAAGACAUUGUGCCUUAUCCUAGAAAAAUCACCCUUAUCAAACAACUAGCCAAAAGUGUCAUUGUGGGCUGGGAGCCACCAGUAGUGCCACCCGGCUGGGGAACCAUCAGCAGCUACAACGUCCUGGUCGACAAGGAAAUCCGGAUGAACGUCGCCUUGGGGAGCAGAACGAAAGCUCUCAUAGAAAAGCUCAACAUUUCUGCCUGCACAUACAGAAUAUCCAUCCAGAGCAUCACCAACAAGGGCAACUCCGACGAGCUGCAGUGCACUCUGCUAGUGGGGAAGGAUGUCAUAGUAGCCCCCUCCAAUCUGAAAGUGGACAAUAUAACCCAGAUUUCUGCUGAGCUGUCCUGGCUCCCUACAAACAGUAAUUACAGUCACGUCAUCUUCCUCAAUGAAGAAGAGUUUGACAUUGUCAAGGCUGCUAGCUACAAGUACCAUUUUUUUAAUUUGAAGCCCAAUAUGGCCUACAAGGUGAAGGUCAUGGCAAAGCCCCACCAGAUGCCCUGGCAGCUUCCCUUGGAACAACGAGAAAAAAAGGAAGCCUUUGUGGAAUUUUCUACAUUGCCAGCAGGUCCUCCAGCUCCACCUCAAGAUGUUGCUGUCCGGGCUGGGUCCACCCCGGGGACCAUCCAGGUGUCCUGGAAGCCCCCGACUCUGUCGGCCACGGGGACCUCCCACGGCGCCAACGUCACAGGUUACGGUGUUUAUGCGAGAGGGCAACGGGUGGCAGAGGUGAUCUUCCCAACAGCAGAGAACACACUGGUGGAGCUGCUGAGACUGAGGAGUUUGGAAGCGAGGGAAGUCACUGUUCGAACGCUCUCUGCACAAGGGGAAUCAGUGGACUCUUCUGUUGCUGCCAUUCCACCCGACCUCCUGGUGCCUCCAACCCCUCACCCCAGAACUGCUCCCAAAUCUAAGCCAUUAGCAAGUGCCGGAGCCCCAGAAACCAAAGAAGAACAUUUAGGUCCCCACUUAAAAAGGGAUGAGUCGUGGGAGCAGACUCGUUCGGCGUCCCCCGUUCACGGACACACACUUGAGCCCCCCAGCUUCCACAGCCACGGGAGGAGGUCUCCAUCCCCCAACAGGAUCCUCCCCCAGCCCCAAGGCACACCCAUCCCAAACACCGUCGCGAAAGCCAUGGCCAGAGAAGCUGCACAAAGGGUUGCAGAGAGCAACAGGAUGGAGAGGAGGAGUGUGUUCAGCGACAGGAGCAGUGCCCAGUAUGCCAACUCUGAUGAGGAGGAGGAUGGCUAUGAUUCUCCCAAUGUCAAAAGAAGGGGAGCUUCAGUGGAUGAUUUCCUAAAAGGGUCAGAACUUGGAAAGCAACCUCACUAUUGCCACGGGGAGGAGUAUCACACAGAGAGCAGCAGAGGCUCGGACCUGUCUGACAUUAUGGAGGAAGAUGAGGAAGAGCUUUACUCCGAAAUGCAGCUGGAGGAUGGAGGGAGGCGGCGAGUCAGUGUGAGCUCCCACAACGCCCUCAAGGAGUGCGAUAAGACCACUGAAGCCACUUUUUUGGAACAGCCUGACUUUUCACAGCAGAUACACCACAGUAAAAAGCUUUUCAGUAUUCCAGAAGUAGCUGAAGAGGACGGGGAAUACUCUGAACUGCUGUACAAGCAGGGUUUAGGUAUGCCCUAUAAAAAGAACCCCAAAAUAGCUAGAGACUCUAGAGCACCUAGGCCCUACAAUCAAGACCAGCAGCACAACUUCUGGUACCCGGCCAAGCACAGGAUUUCAGGCGGGGAGGAUUUUGGCGCGGACGACAAAGGAUGCAAGUACAGCCGGUCCCUCUCGAGGAGCCCAGACAGUGGCCUGGACUGUGGCAGUGAAGAGGAGGAGUCUCGUUUCAGUUUCAGACACACUUGUGAGGCAGUUUCUGCCCCCGUGGCCCCUCGCUGCUGUGCAGAGGCCGCUCACUGCUCCUGCAGGAAGAGCACGAGGCCGUCGCUGGCGCGCAGGAAAACCUUGACCAGACAAAGCAGCAUCGAAGAAGAUUUCGGGGACCUGGGGCCUUCCUUUGUAGAGCCCAGGAGCGAACAGGCCAGGCCCAGUUACGAGAGGAAGUAUGAAGUUCAGAAGUGUAAUAGAACAGAUAAUUUCUCUAAUGAAGAUGUUCAGGGAGGCUGGAAGACCGACUUUAAGCUGGCUGACUCUAGGGCAGCUGGGCCACUUGCAAAGCCAUCCCACAGAGAUGCAGAAGACUCUCUGCUUUUAGGUAAUCCAGCAUCUGCCGGACGGCCUGAAAGGGUGGAACAUGCAGGACGAAGGUCCUCUCAUGGCAGUGCAGUGCCACAAAGGUCUCGGCCAAUGUUGGUCCCUUCCAUUGAAAUUACAAUGGACAGUAACAGUGAAGGCGCUCGGUCUCGGUCAGGUAGUGAGGGAAAUAUUUCACCUGUAAAAGAAGAAGCUUAUUAUGGCAGCAUUGGACACAAGCAGUGGCCCCCGCGGCGUCCCAUGGCCCCUCACUAUGGACACGAUGGCUACGGUGGUCAUGACCAUCUUUCUCCAGAUCUUUAUGAAGAAUCCGAAACAGAUCCUGGCACAGAAGAUAUUUCUACUCGAAUAUUUGUUGCACUCUUUGACUACGAUCCACUGACGAUGUCCCCAAAUCCUGACGCCGCAGAGGAAGAGCUGCCCUUUAAAGAAGGACAGAUCAUAAAGGUUUAUGGGGACAAAGAUGCCGAUGGAUUUUAUCGUGGAGAAACCUGUGCAAGAAUUGGCCUUAUCCCGUGUAACAUGGUCUCUGAGAUCCAAGCAGACGAUGAAGAGAUGAUGGAUCAGCUUCUUAAACAAGGUUUUCUUCCUCUGAACACACCAAUUGAGAAAAUUGCAGAGAGAAGCAGAAGGAGUGGCAGACAACAGCCAGUGACUACAAGAAGGAUGGUGGCACUGUAUGAUUAUGAUCCAAGAGAAAGUUCUCCUAAUGUGGAUGUAGAGGCCGAGCUGACAUUCUGCACUGGGGACAUUAUCACUGUCUUUGGUGAGAUUGAUGAAGAUGGAUUUUACUAUGGUGAACUUAAUGGACAAAAGGGCCUGGUUCCUUCCAACUUUCUUGAAGAAGUGCCUGAUGAUGUUGAAGUCUUUCUAUCCGAUGCACCCUCGCGCUACGUUCACGACACACCGACGCGUUCAAAAGCAAAAAGGAAGAAGAGUGUUCAUUUCACACCUUAAUAAGGCAAUGUAGCCUUCACGUAAGUGAGCAACUGAAGAUACCAAUAGAGAUUUCAAUUAAAGCUACCUGGCUAUCUAAUGCAAGUCUUGAAACUUAAUUGUGGGGGAAAAGGAAAGAAAUAUGUCUCCAAAAGCCUUGGCCACGGAAGAGCAGGCUUGUACGCUUCUGCUGAAUCUAGGCGAGUCAAUUGAGGUUUUUUUAGGAGACAAAUCCUUUAAAAAGGAAUCCUUGGAAGUCAAUUAGACCUCACUUUAUGAAGGUCAGCGUUUGGAACAUAUUUCUUCACGAGCUCAAUGUUUAUGUUUACAUAGAAAGGAGAGUUUGAUGUCUAACUACCCUACAAACAAAGCUGCAUAUUGCAUUGUUAGCCAACCUGGGAGGUAAAAAUUCCAAGCUCCUGUGACAAGAGAAAAGCACAACAGCUCCAACCCUUACAGAACAUCCAAGUGCAGCCUAAGCUGAUGCACACGGUAGUUUACAAGGGUAUAGUUGGUUUUGAAACUCAUUACACUCAGACUGAGCUACUUAAAUUGUCUGCCUUAAGAUGUGUUUUCCAUAAUCGAUUAUACCCCAGCCUGCCUAAGACCAACCAUUCAACGCUCCCGAAAACGAUCCCUUCCCACGGUACAAUUGACUGGGCUUUUUGUCCUAGAAAGUGGUCAUUUGAAAUGUUAGCAACUGUUUGGUUUACCAAUGCAAUAAAAGUCUCGACCUGAAACAUGCAGCUCACUGAAUGAAUGCAUUAGACUCAAUAUAUGGUAUCUUCAGGUGUACGUUGGGGUGCUUUACCAAGUUGUUUUGGUUUUGUUUUGUUUUUUUUUUUUCAUUAGAAUUAGACCUUGAUUUAAAAUCAAAGUCGGCUUGAAGCCCCUUUGCUUAACUCACUGUUGCACAACAAGCCAGUAAAUUGCUGAUGUUUUAACUCCAAGCUAACAGGACUCCCUCCAGCAUGGAUUCUACUAUGAAAAUAUCAUCUUAAUUGAUAGUAACCCAUCUUGCCAGCUGGGCACUGUAGUUAGGAUAGGCUGAGUAUAAGCAAUUUUAGCAUUUUCAUCCAAGUGCUUUUGAUGAUUGAAAAAAAAAAUUAGCUGCUCAAAAUAUUUAGGAAUGCUGUCAUCUAACAACCUCAUGGCUGCAGCAUAUACAUCAAGCAGUCAGGGUCUUUAAGCUUUCUUUGAUUGCAAUUAAGGUUCAUUUUAGCUUUUUCUUUUUUUUUUUUUUUUUUUUUUUUUUUUUAAGCCAGUGUGCCAUCUUCUCUAAUCUGUACAUAAAGUUUGCUAGCCAAUUUUAAAGAAAAGGCAUUUAAAGAACAUUAAAACUCAAAACUAGGGCUUUCAUGACUAUGCAGUACAACUUUACCAAACCUCUCUGCAUUUUUAACUCUGACAUCAAUAGAAUCAUGUGAAUUGCUUAAUCAAAACAGCAAGAAAAAAAAAAAAGGAAGUGGAUUUGUUGUUGCAAAAACUUUUUUUUAAAAAAUAAAAAAUUUUGUGGGCUUAAGAGCAGAAGAACGUGGUUUUAUUUGAAGUCAACUCAACACCUGCAACUCCACUGGAAAAAUCUCAGCCUUUUUAGCCUCCUUUAACCACGAGUGGUGGGGAGAAAACUCUGUUCCUUGAUUCCUAGUUCAGAGAGAUCACCCCACUGUAACUAAUCACUAACAAAAAUGGUCUUGAAACUCCUAGUUUAAUCAGCCUUGAUGUUUUGCCUUAUUAAUGCACAAUGAUUUGUACUGUCUAAUAAAUAUACAGCGUAUACUUUGUAUGUACUGUGUAUUCAACUGUCUUCAUCUUCCCUAAAACAUGGUAAUUUAAGAUCAAGUACUAUGUUACUGACUCCAUUCACUGUCUGAUGUAACUCCUGGGAGUUUGAAAGUGCUGUGCUAAACGCUUUUUUUUUUUUUUUUUUUUUUUAGUUUUUGCUUCUUUAUUUCCCCCCCACCUCCAAAAACCAAAACCUUGUAUUGGUUUAUUCUGUCAACUUAUUUUCACUCCACUGAAAUCAGAUACAGUGUAAGUUAUUCAGAACCUCACCCAGAAUUUCAACCAUUCGACCUCCAGUUUUGGGGUUCCUGGUUUACUGCUCUAAACUACUGGGAAAAUUAAAAAAAAAAAAAACAACAAAAAAGAAACCAACUCCACACCAAACCCCUUUACUCCCCCAUUUUCUUUUUUUCUGUGGAGGUACAGUUCUAAGUUAAAAGGCAUUUUCAUAUUGCUGAUGUCAGAUUCAGGAUAAAGUACAUGUUUAAAAUAAAAAGGACAAACUGUGUUGCAGUCACAGGCCACAGCCAGUAACGAGGCUGCAAGAGGCUCUAAUUAAAUCUUAAUUGUGAUAUUGGCAUAUCAAGACAAACAAUCUUACACACUGAUGGCAGUCAUUGGCUGUUACUAUUUUGUAAUUCUUGUCCAUUUGUAAAUUGUUUUUACUGUUUAUACAUACUUUUCAGACUGCCUUUCUUUUUGUAAUUUAUGGAAGGUUUAUAAAUGAAUGAUCAAAGCUUCCCCAUUGUGUCUUCAGAUAAUAAUGUAAAUUACUGUAAGAUACCGUGUGCUAGAUUAUAACAUUUAAUUAAAGAAAAUAACUGGCCUAAAGUUGUGGUAAAGUACUGUGUGGGUGUGUGCAUGUGUACAAUUGUUGUGUAUUAUAUUUUAUAUAAAUAAAUAAUUUGAUAUUUUGUA